CUGUGAUCAUAUGACCACAUAUUCGAAGUCGCAAGCACAUUGACGUGUUCCUGCUUGUGACCGAAAAAUACUGCUGUCAGGAAAACUACGCGACUAAGAGUCAAAAUGCUGAAGGAAACCCUCAGUCUCCUUCUAACGUUGUGGAUCGCUUCCGAGCCGGUGCUAUCGAGAGGAUGUUCAAGUUUCUUCUGCCGCAAGUCUCUCCGGAUGACCUCACCAGAAGGACCGGAUCCCGGCAAGCCCCUCUUUCUCACGCCUUAUCUGGAGCAAGGGGACAUACAGGAGGCCAGAAGACUCAGUUUGGUGGGGCCCCUUCCUGGAGCCAAUGUGAAGAGCUACUCUGGUUACCUCACCGUUAACAAGACCUAUAACAGCAAUCUCUUUUUCUGGUUCUUUCCAGCACAGGAGAGGCCUGAGGCUGCACCUGUGCUCCUCUGGCUUCAGGGAGGUCCAGGAGGCACCUCCAUGUUUGGCCUUUUUGUGGAACACGGUCCUUAUGUGGUGUAUCAGAACCUAACCGCGGGGUUCAGGAGUUACCCCUGGACAUCCCGAUACUCGGUUCUUUACAUCGACAACCCGGUGGGGACAGGAUUCAGUUUUACAGAUGAUGACCGAGGCUUUGCCCGUAACCAGGAUGAUGUGGGCCGAGACCUCUACAGCGCACUGACUCAGUUCUUCCAGAUCUUCAGUGAGUUCCAGCACAACGGUUUCUAUGCCACUGGGGAGUCUUAUGCAGGAAAGUAUGUUCCAGCAAUUGGUUAUUACAUCCACAAAAACAACCCCUCUGCCAAGGUGAAGAUCAAUUUCAAAGGUAUCGCCAUCGGUGAUGGGCUGUGUGAUCCUGAGCUGAUGCUGGGGGGGUAUGCAGAGUUCCUGUACCAGACUGGCCUGGUGGACGAGCUGCAGAAGCAGUAUGUCCGGCAGCAGACCGAUGUCGGGGUGCAGCUCAUCCAGCAGCAGAAGUGGGUGGAGGCUUUUGAAGUUUUUGACAGCUUGCUGAAUGGUGACGUGAGCCCAUAUCCUUCAUUCUUCCAGAAUGCCACCGGAUGCACAAACUAUUACAACUACUUGCAGUGUCAGGAGCCUGCAGAUCAGGAGUACUUUGGCAAGUUUGUGAACCUCCCGGCUGUGAGGAGCUCCAUCCAUGUUGGAAACCUCACCUUCAACGACGGUUCCCAGGUGGAGAAAUUCUUGGUGCAGGACGUCAUGAAGUCCAUCAAACCCUGGCUGGGCGUUCUCAUGGACAACUAUAGGGUGCUGAUCUACAGUGGGCAGCUGGAUGUGAUCGUGGCCGCCCCGCUGACCGAGCGCUUCCUGCCCACGGUGCCAUGGUCCGGAGCAGACGAGUACAAACAGGCCCAGCGCUUCUACUGGAAGAUCCAGCCCAGUGACACAGAGGUCGCAGGAUAUGUCCGUCAAGUGGGGGAAUUCUUCCAGGUGGUCGUUCGAGGAGGGGGGCACAUUUUGCCGUAUGACCAGCCCGAGAGAUCCUUUGAUAUGAUCGAUAGAUUUCUCUCUACAAAGGGAUGGGGAAGAAGCAUUCCAGAAGGACUUUGAAGAAAUGAAGGUUUAUGAUAAUAAGCAGGGCUUGACAUUAACACCUGCCACUCGCCAGAUUUGGUUAGAAUUCGGCAGUGGCGUGUAACUCAGUCACUCUUCCUAGUCAUUUUGAGGGGUGACCUUUCGGUAGCAAUUUCUAUCAAAAGAAACCUUAUUGUAGUUUACAAAAGCCGUCUGAAACAAUUAAUUCAAUUUGAGGUUAUUCUCUAUGGUACUUCAUCUCCCAUGAGCACUGGGUUCACACUGAACUCAUCUCACUGGGCCAUCCACUUCACCGUCUCGCUCUUGCAAGUUGGUAGUAUAUUUGAUAAUAAAUCUAAAUCUAAAUCAGAACACGGUGCUGCAUACUAUACAAGCGUGUGCAUGUGAUCGAGUUUAGUGCUGUACAGGCUAAACAUUAACAUUGAACUUUAACAUUGUUCAUCUUCAGCAGCGUUACAGUCCUAUCCUGUAAACUCUGCAUUAGGCUAACUGAACAAAGAAAGGCUUGUAUGCAGGCUGUGAAUGGACGUGGAGGAUUUCCCUGCCACUGCUGUUCUCCUCCUCGAUAUGAUGAAUUGUCAUCCUGAUCCUGGGCUGGCAGGCUAGUAUUCCCCCUCUGUUAACUGUUAUAUGCUAUAAUAUUACAUAAGACCUUCACUUUUUCAAUGCGCCGUUUAUUGAUAGUAUGUGUUUGCAGUGGUUCGUUUCCCAGUCUGUAAUUUAUGUCCCAUAAUUGCUGACAAGAAUGUAUUUUGGCCCCUGCAAUUCAGAAAUUAUUCUGGCAAGCCUGCUACACAGCUGUACUUAUUUCCACACUGCCAAUACUGGUGUUUUGUCAUUGCAAUUUCAAAAUUAGGUGCAAUUAAAAAUAUAUAUAAUAAUAAAGCAUCAGCAGAGCUUCAACAUUGAUGUUAUGUAAUGAAGAGAACCUCAUUGUAUUCACAUAAUGCUCAAUGGCAUCAGGUGUAGCCAGCUUCCCUCAGCUAUAGGCGAGUAAUUAAAUAUUUAUUAUCUGUAUUGGAGGUUAUACUGAAGGUGAACACGGUAGUUAGUUUCUGUUCAAAUACAAUGUUAUGUACAAACAAGUGCAUGCAGUCACAUUCUCCAGUUGCCUGUGUUCAGUUGGCUAUAGUUAAUGUCAAGCCCUGGUGAUUUUGGAAUUGAAAGAAUUAUCUGCUCUACCUGUCAGCAUGGCUGCAGGUGUUCUUUCUGUGCUGUAUUCAUUCUUGUACAUAAUCAGGAUAUAUUUUUAAAUGAUUUUAAUUGCCUUAUGAUUGCUAUUUUGAUUGAAAUAAAUUGUGUACAAAUUGUG